ACGAAAAAAAAGCGAAGCACAGCACAGCACUGCACUCUUCGCAACACAACAAAAAAAGACAACCCAGAGAGCGCGUCUUAAUAAACGCUCUUCUCUGAAAACCCCCAUUUCUUUUCUUCUUUCUUCUUCUCUUUCGCUUCUUCGAUCUUCGAUCUUCGUCGCUGAAAAUGAGAGAGUGCAUUUCAAUCCACAUCGGCCAGGCCGGGAUUCAGGUUGGAAACGCCUGCUGGGAGCUUUACUGCCUCGAACACGGCAUUCAGCCUGAUGGGCAGAUGCCAAGUGACAAGACCGUUGGUGGAGGUGAUGAUGCUUUCAACACCUUCUUCAGUGAAACUGGGGCAGGAAAGCACGUGCCCCGCGCGAUUUUUGUAGAUCUUGAGCCCACUGUGAUUGAUGAGGUUAGGACUGGGACAUACCGCCAACUAUUCCAUCCUGAGCAGCUCAUUAGUGGAAAGGAGGAUGCAGCAAACAACUUUGCCCGUGGCCACUAUACCAUUGGAAAGGAGAUUGUUGAGCUUUGCUUGGACCGCAUCAGAAAGCUUGCUGACAACUGCACAGGUCUCCAAGGUUUUCUGGUUUUCAAUGCUGUGGGUGGGGGAACUGGCUCUGGACUUGGUUCCCUUUUGCUGGAACGCCUUUCAGUGGACUAUGGCAAGAAGUCCAAGCUUGGUUUCACUGUCUAUCCUUCACCCCAAGUUUCGACCUCUGUUGUUGAGCCUUACAACAGUGUCCUCUCCACUCAUUCUCUUCUUGAGCACACUGAUGUGGCUGUCCUGCUCGACAAUGAAGCCAUUUAUGACAUCUGCAGGCGUUCACUGGACAUUGAGAGGCCAACCUACACCAACCUUAAUCGUUUAGUUUCUCAGGUGAUAUCAUCACUGACUGCUUCCCUGAGGUUUGAUGGAGCCUUGAAUGUUGAUGUCAAUGAAUUCCAGACCAACCUUGUGCCAUACCCCAGGAUUCAUUUUAUGCUUUCAUCUUAUGCUCCUGUAAUUUCAGCCGAGAAGGCUCACCAUGAGCAGCUAUCAGUUGGUGAAAUCACCAACAGUGCAUUCGAGCCAUCAUCUAUGAUGGCCAAGUGUGAUCCCCGCCAUGGCAAAUACAUGGCGUGCUGUCUCAUGUACAGAGGUGACGUAGUGCCUAAAGAUGUUAAUGCAGCUGUUGGAAUUAUCAAGACCAAGCGCACUAUUCAAUUUGUUGACUGGUGCCCCACCGGGUUCAAGUGUGGAAUCAAUUACCAGCCUCCGACUGUUGUUCCAGGUGGUGAUCUUGCCAAGGUUCAGAGGGCCGUGUGCAUGAUCUCCAAUUCCACCAGUGUUGUUGAGGUCUUCUCUCGCAUCGACCACAAAUUUGACCUCAUGUAUGCCAAGAGGGCGUUCGUUCAUUGGUAUGUUGGUGAGGGUAUGGAAGAGGGGGAGUUCUCUGAGGCCCGUGAAGAUCUUGCUGCCCUGGAGAAGGAUUAUGAGGAAGUUGGUGCAGAGGCAACUGAAGAUGGUGAUGAAGGAGAGGAUUAUGAUUAGAAGUUUGCACUAUUAUGUUACUUUCUGUGUUGUUUUUCUUCUCGUGCUCUGUGUAUCGUUGUACUUUCCGUGGAACUUGCCUUGUUCCGGUACUUUUGGAGCUUUAUGUGAAGUGUGGUGAAAACAUUUAUUUGAAAUUGCUUGGUGAAAUUUAGAGUUUUAAAUGUAUUAAACUUUGGGAACGAUUUUUUCAUAUCUCUGAAA